AUGGUGGUUUCUGGGUUUUGCUACUUCUGUUAACGGUGUGAUGUUGCUUCUUUGGUGUUCUCUGAGGGUGUAGAGAGAGAUUUGAGGGAGGUUAUGGUGUUUGACAGAGAGUUGGGGUUUUGCUAGAUGGUCAAAUCUGGGUUGAGUGUGCGUUUGUUCUUGUUUUGGUAUUUUUCUGGGUAAUUGUCCUUGAUGUUUUUGCACUAAACGAAUAUAGGUAAAGGCUAGAUCUUGUGUAAACUGACCGGUUUGGGUUUUAGGGUUUGGGAUGGCUAGCGUCGUAGAGAUUUCGAGCAGUGAGGAUUCCGGGUCUGACGUGUCAUUCAGCGCGGCGGAUAGGAAUUUUAUUGACUUGUUGCGUUCGUCUGCCCGUGCAGGAACCUCACUGCCAGAACCGCUAGACAUCGAGCCGCUACAAACCAUACCCUGGGAAAUAGUAAUGGGUCGUGCUUCGCGCCCCGAGAGUUCUAGGGCCAGGGAGGCCGCCGCUGCUCAGAAUAAGCGUGAGGAGCGGUUGGCAAGUAACAGCGCUGCCAGUGGCUCCGCUGACGGGGGAGAUGCGACAGGGGAGGAUACCGAAUCGGCAUGGGUUCUUCCGGAUGGGAUUCCUAUUGACGAGGCGGGAGGGCGGAUGACCGUUGCCAAUGUCAACCGGAUAAAGCGGAUGUUUCGGUUGCCCGGCGCGGUUAAACUGCGUCCACCGACGGUGGAUGAAAAGGCUUCAAUUCUUCGCCCGGGGUUUGCCGCUGUGCAUGAGGCAAUAUUCCGCCAGGGAGUGACACUACCGCUCGUGCCCAGUCUUCAGAUCUUGGUGUGCGAGUUCGGCCUAGCCUUUGGGCAAAUCUGCCCCAACAUGUGGCGAUUGAUGUUGGCGAUGACUUCGCUGUGGCGGUUGUCCGGCUGUGAGGGACCAACCGUGGCGGAGGUGCUUCAUUUCUAUGAGCUGACGUAUGUGAAGCGUCAGGGCUGUGGAGGUCAAGUGAACCUAAGUCGCCGCCAGGGAGCCCCCAAGUUGAUAGAGAACCUGAGGGAUUCUAUGUCGUAUUGGCGGGACACCUUUUGCGUUGCCACGACGGGGUGGGAAUAUCAGGCGGAAUCCAAUGACGAGGAACCGGCGUUUAGGAUUAAGUCAGAGUUCCAACCUAUCCGAGGUGGUUUGUCGGUCUCCGCUGAAUAUUGCUGGCGGUUUACGUUGUGCCUAGUCUUGAAUCUUGCUAACGUUUACCCUUGUUUUUCAGUGGGCUUGCGCUACAACCUGACUCGUGAAGAAGAGUGUCGUGUGGCGCGCAUUCAAGGUUGCUGGCGGAAUCGCAAUUUGUUGGACUUUCGCCUACUUACCGGUUGGGAGCUGUUGGUCGAUCAACGAUUGACCCGCGCCGUUGAGACGCCGCCAGGUAACGCUAGGAGCCGUGACGCCUUUGCCAAAGCCAUGGACCGCGCGGAGAUUGACAACUUUUUGGAGGCCAUGUAUGCCUCAGGGGAUGCGGCUCAAAAGACAGUGAUAGACCCGGUGACGCUGGCGGUGAGCCCAUCCGAGGUUCCGGUGGUGCUGCCAAUGCCGCUGCACUCCCACCUUGGAGCCGACGGCCUACCCGUUGCUCAGACAGGUGCCAAUGUGGGGGGUGGAAAGGAGGGGUCUGGCGCCGCGCCGCAGACAGAGAGAGUGCCCAACGUGCGACGUGGGCCACAGAAGGUGGUGCGGCCGGCGGGGGCUGCCGCCACGGUGGGUCAACAGCAACGGGGGCCACGGCCUGCGGCCGCUGGACAGACGCGGUUGUUGCGGAAGCGUCGGCAGGAUAACUCCGAGGAGGAGGAUGAUGAUGAUGCUGAGGUUAUCGGGGUCCGCCAGCGAAAGAAGGCCCGCCAAGCUCCGCUGAAGGCGCCAGUGGCCGCUGCAGAAGAGGCGCCUGCGAGUGACCUGGACUCGUUUGCCGCCUAUGCCGAGUUCAUGACUGACAAUGAACGGGGAUUUCUCUACCACCUCUGCGAGAUACUGGGGUUUGGUGGUCUGGCGGGGAUUUCCCGCCCAACGGCGAUUGACGGGUCACCCUUCAGUUCAGCUUUUGGUCACCUUUCGGUUGGGCUGCAUGAGAUGUUCAUGGCGGCGCAGAAGCAGCCCGGGGUUGAGCGGCAGCUCAGGGACGAGAUCAGCGGUCUCGAGAGAGAGCUGGGGGACGCCAAGGACAGGCUGGCGGAUGUGGAGCGGCGCCUGACGAAGGCGGAUUGCGACGCCGCGGAUGCUCGCGGCAAGUUGGAAGUGGCAAUCCGGCGGGACGUGGAACGGAACAACCACAUCUCCAGGAUGGAACAAGACAUGUCUCUGCUGCAGGAGCGGGUGGCCGCUAAGGAGAAAAAAAUUGAUAUCCUGCAGCGGGAGUCUGCCGCCAAGCAAGCAGCGGUGACGAAACUGGAGGCUGAGGUAGCUCGCCUGCGGGACGAAGGGACCCGUGCCGCUGUCGCCGCUGUGGAGAAAUUCAAACAGUCGGCGGAGUACAAAAAGGCGAUGACUGAAUCGGCGAAGGCCGGCGCCCUAGCCAACGUGGAGAUGCUGAAGCAGAGGGGCGCCAUUGACUUUGCGAAGGCGUCCCAGCCACCUGUUCUGCCAGUCCAAAAUGCUCCGUCGGUGCAAGCUGCGGUUCCUGUCCAGCCUGAAGGUGUUCGCUCGGGAAGCGGGGAAAGUGGUGCACAGCCCGCGGAUGGUUCUCAGCAGACUCCUCUGCCUACCCAGUCGGAGGUGUCCCGUGCCGGUUUCCUGGCGGCACACACUCGUCCGGAUGGCACCAUAGAGACUCCAAGUCCUACCGCCAGAGGGUCUGACCAGACAAGCCGCGCACAACCACAGCCGCCUGCGGAAGGUGGAGAUGUUGAAGCCAACCCGAAGAGCUGA